GAGGAGGCGUACCAAGUACAUGCAACGCAGGUUACGAAGCUUACUAAUGUGUAGGAUAUGUUAUUUGUCUGUUUGAAAUAAUCGCUGAUUUGGAAUUUCUUUUGGGCUGUGAACUGCUUCGCUAAUCGUUGCUUAAGACAUCUAACACGUUUGUACUGGGAUUGUGCAUCUCUGAAAGGUUUGUCCCAAUAAGGCAUCCAUAGAGGGAGCGUGUGGCCAGCUAACCAGGAAGCCUGACUGCCUGUACAGAGGAGUGUAGCAGUGAGAGACGAGAUGAACAGCCUGGAUUUGCAACUAUGUGCGUGAAGUUUAUGGAUCUCUUGAUCAAAAUACUAGAGUAGAACCAUGGAAAGUGAAAAUAUUAUAACAACAUCUUCUGCAACUGCAACCACUACCACCAGCUCUUCAGCCAACCCCCCUCCCAUAUCUGUGUAUGGCAGCUCAGAUCGCCAUGCUGUGCAGGUCAUCCAGCAGGCAUUAAAUCGUCCUACAAGCUCUGCAGCUCAGUAUCUACAACAAAUGUAUUCUGCUCAGCAACAACAUUUAAUGCUACAGACGGCAGCCUUACAUCAGCAGCAUUUAAACAGCAGUCCUCUGCAGACAAUUUCCUCUGUUCAACAGUCUAAUGUGACUGGAGAGCGACCAUCUAUUUCAUCUGUUAGCACCACACAGCAAUCAAAUGCACCUCAGACAUCUAUUCAACUGUCUACUUCCCCUCCACCACCACAAUUACUAAGUCGAUCGCAAACAUCAAGUACAACUAGCAGUAGCAUCACACAAAAAACUGUAUUGUUGGGAAGUACAUCUCCAACCUUAAGUGCAAGCCAGGCCCAGAUGUAUCUUAGAGCCCAGAUGCUUAUCUUUACACCUGCUGCUACAGUUGCUGCUGUGCAGUCUGAUAUUCCUGUUAUAUCAUCAUCCUCAUCUUCCUCCUCUUCCUGUCAAUCUGCAACUCAGAAUUUAACAAUACGGAGCCAACCAAUGCUUGAGAUGUCCUUUCCCAACAACAGUCCACCAAAACCCAGCAAUCAAGAUCAGCCCCUUGCUAUAUGUCAUAAAACUACUGUGGCAAGCUCAAAAACUAUUCAUACUGAUGCUACAAUGGAAAAUAACCAGAAAAAUGAUAGUUCCAUGUCUGAUUCUCGUUGCACUGCUGUAACUCGCACAUCAAAUAUACAUCAGCUGAUUGCACCAGUGUCAUAUUCUACAGUUCAUUCACACUCGCUGGGUAAACAUCCAGCUAUCUCAAUACUUCCAGAUCAUCCAAAGUUGCCCCAACAAGUGAUACUACAACAGCAACAGCAAAUACAGCACAGGCAUCAAAUCCAAACCAUUACUUUGCAUAAUUCAGCAUUAGAACCGCCAUCUACUCAGCAUUGUGUACCAAUGCAAAGUCAGAGCUUUGUACAUAUCCCUAGCAGCGCUCAUUCUCAUCAUUGUACACCUGUUACUACUGCUCUGUCUCCACCACCAACUAUUUCUCAACCAGCUCAGCCAUCUGUAGUAGUGUCACCUCCUCCACCUCACUCUCCAUGUCAGUCUCCAACUAUAAUCAUUCAUCCACAAGCCAUCAUACAGCCACAGACAUCUCUGCUUGUGCAGUCCACUCUUCCAACCCGAGACAAUUUACAUCAUCCCCUUCAAACUACAUUGCAUUCAGCUCCACAAAUGUCUCUUUCAACGCAUCUUCCACCCACUUUGUCUUCAGGCCCACACCAACAACAUGCUUUGGUUUCAUCUAGUCCACAAAUAAUAUCUCCAAUAUCACAAACACAGCAACCUGAAAUACAGUCCAUUCCAACACCAACAGUAGCUUCCUCUCCUCAUCUUCCAACAACCCCACCUUCCCAGCUUCAAGCGCUACCUUUACAGUCCAUGCAAACAAUACCGGUGCAGCCUGAGAUUUUAACACCAGGCCAGGUUCUGAUGCAAAAUGCUCUGCUAACAGAAGAAGAACUGCCUGCUGCAGAAGCUCUAGUGCAGCUGCCAUUCCAGACUCUUCCACCACCUCAGACUGUUGCGGUAAACCUUCAUAUACAACCAGCAGCAGUGGAGUCACCUGUGGUUUACCAAGUAGAGAAUGUGUGUCCGGAAGAGGCAGUGGUGCAGGAAGACUGCGUUGGUGUAAUUACACAGACUCGCACCCCUCCUACGAUGUUGCCUUCUGAUCUUCCUGAAAGUAGUGGAGAAGGUCUUCCUCCAGACCCCACUUUGCGAGUGCUCCCUUCCAUAACAUCUUCAGUCGGUGCCUCAGUAAUUAAGUCUCCAUCUGACACUUCACAUAUGUCUAUACCAGCACCUCCACUACUUUUACCAGCUGCUACAACAAGAAGCAAUAGAACUCUGAAGCCUAACAGCAUUCCAGGACUAGAUAAACUACCCCAUGCCAUUGUGAAACCGCAGAUUCUGACCCACGUUAUAGAGGGUUUUGUAAUUCAAGAAGGAGUAGAACCAUUUCCUGUAAAUCGUUCAUCCCUAUUAGUGGAGCAGGCAGUCAAACCUCUGUCGCCUUUGGAUGAAGGAAAUCUGAAUAUUGCUGACAUGAAAUCUGACAUUCAAAGCUCAGCUAAACUUCCUGACAACUCCACAGACACAGACAUGGAGGACCUUACUGCAGAGGCAGACUGUAUGGACGAGCUAGAAUGUGAACUUUUGGCCUGUGAAUUUUGUGGGAAGACAGGGUAUCCCAACAAGUUCCGACAGUCAGAAAGGUUCUGCUCUUUGUCAUGUGCAAAAAGGUACAAUGCAAACAGCACAAAGCAGCUUGGACUCUUCAAAGCCAAUAAAACAAGCAGAUGGAGCCGAAAGGUUGACGGAAGUAUUGGACAGCGUGGAAGACCCUCUAGCUCUGCAGGGUCAGUCCGAGAACACUACCUUAGACAGCAGUUGCCAACUGCUUAUUCGUAUACAAGUGAAGCUUUAGAGAAUUCCCAGGAAGAUUCCACUCGUGUUACUAUGACUACACGUUUACGUCGUCAGAGUGAAAGAGAGAGGGAAGAGAGGCAGCGCCGCCAAAUGAGAAAACCCCCCUGCCAGCGAUCACCUGACACACAGACAGAGCCAUCCCUAUGGACUGUUGAAGAUGUUUGGGCUUUUAUACAUGCUUUACCAGGCUGUCAUGACAUUGCGGACGAAUUCAGGACCCAGGAAAUUGAUGGGCAGGCUCUUCUCUUACUAAAGGAAGACCAUCUCAUGGGUACCAUGAAUAUUAAGUUAGGACCAGCCCUGAAGAUCUGUGCUUGGAUUAACUCCCUGAAGGUGUCCUAAUGUGUAAGAUGUGUAAGAACUGACCUGAUAAUGCUAAUAAUGUAAAAUAGCAACAUAUUCAAGUAAGAAUAGUUAUAUAAAGUUGAUAGUGUUUAGCAUUAUCACAUAUUUUGGCAAGUUGUGCAGGAAUGGGCAUUUUCAGCCCCAAAAACAUCUGCAUUGUUUUAAAGGGAUACUGUCAUCAAAAUAAGCUAAGCAGUUGUGCAAACUGUGUUCUGUUCCUAAAUUAAGUUUAGUAGAUGUAUGCUUGUGUGAAGAAGUGUAAUUCCUUGUGAUUGUGCCUGUCUCUACUUUCUUACUGUAGCAGUGCAGCCAUGUUUUGCUUUAGGACACAGAUUACAGAAAGGUUUCAACCUGGGUACAAAUGCCUUAUUGCAAGUUCAUUAAUCAACAUUGUGCUUGUGUAAUAUACGCCACUGUAGCUCGCAUAGGCCUUAAAAGAAUUAAAUUAGUGGCAAAGAUACAAGAGAAGUUUGAAAAGUAGGAAAAACAUCCAUAAAUCUGGUACAGGUACAGGAUCUGGUACAGGAUCUAUUAUUUGGAAUGCUUGGGGCCAGAGAUUUUCUGGAUAAGAGGGUUUUCUGUAAUUUAGAUCACCAUACCUUAAGUGCAAAAAUAUUUAAACAUUAUAUAAAAAUCUAAUAGGAUUGUUUUGCCAUCAAUAUGGGUUUAUGCAGCUUAGUUACCAUAAAGUACAAGGUACUGUAUUAUUAUUAUUACAGAGAAAAAUGUUUCUGUACUUUUCAGAUAAGAGAUGCCAUACCUGAAUAGGGCACCUAGAAGGGGUUAUAUAAAACAAACUUGUGCUUUGCAAGGGUAGAAAUAAUGUAAAACUGUCAUCCUUUUCAUUACAGAGAUGUGUUUUCCUGCCUUCCAUCCAAAUUUGGACAUUAUUUGCCAGGAUUGUGCAUUCCAGUAAGACCUUCCCCUAAAGUGUCAGCAUAUUUCAGCACUUAUACAAAUUCCGCAGAGUUUUAAGAUAGCAACAAUCAGUUAUAGCAAGAACUUAAGUGCAAGCCACCUGCUAUACAUGUAAAUACUGCCAUAGACCCUGAAUGAACGUGAUUGUAAUACAGGCAGUUUCACACAUUUGGUUUGAUUUCGUGCACAAAACAAUCACAGAUUUAUCCAGAUUAAAAAAAUAGCCACUCCAAAAGGACAGGGGUCCAUGGUCCCUGAGCUCCUCUCUCCUAAUGCAUUCCUCUUUGCCUUUCUUUACAUGCAGCAGUCACCUUAUAUGAAACAUUGAAAGGUUAUUAAAGACUCAAACUGAAUUGAGUCAAAUGCUUAUACAUUCAUCCUAGGGCUGUAAUGUGUGACCAAAUGUACUCCAGUCCAUUAAAACAUAACAUUGAAUCCUCCAUAUCCCAUAUUUUAAGGAACCCCAAAAAAUAACAGACCUGAAUUAUGAGCUUUAGCCCCUCAGCAUGGGGUUGGAAAAAAUAAAUCAGCCAGCCCUUUUGGCUAGCCAAAUACCACUCCAAAUCUCUCUAAUUAUAGGUAAAAGCUUUCUUGUGCUGUGCAUGUAUUUAUUUCCUAUUGCAGUGAUACAUUAAUCUAUCAUGGCUGUGUAUAUAGAUUUAUUGCUUGUGUGUUUGUUCAUGUAUAACUGAACCAUAACAUGCAUUUUUUGCUCCUUCUGUUUAUACAAAGGGGAACGAUAGGCAGACACUUUCCACACAGUAGUAGUUCAUCAACUGCUUAACUAAGUAACACCUGGACUAUACUGUGCCUCUGUCAAGGUUUCUCCUUCGAGUUGAUCCUUAUCGUAGGUAUAAGGUACAUAAAUAAACAAUGCAUCUACUAGCAUAUAAACAUUCAGAAAAGCUUUUUUUUAUGUGGUUUAAAAAAUAUACAGUUUUAAGACUCAACAGAUGGAUUUACUGGGUAGAAAACUGUGCAUGCUCAGUGUUUUUUUCUGUUGGUAGAUUAGAUACUGACCUUUAAUGAACCACUUUUAGUUUAUACAAAUACAGGGUUGUCCAGCUGGAAGCUGUGGGUCAGAUAAUUUCAUCACAUUAAUAUUCCCUGUUGGACAGCACUGUAGUAAGCAGUAAGUCAUUAAAUGUAUCAAACUCAAGUUAAGGUGGACAUACAUCCUAUUUGACAAGGUUGCCAAAGGUGCAGAUCUUUCUCCCAAUAUCGGGCCAAUUUCAUCAUUUGACCCUAGGGCCAAAUGAUCAAAUUGCAACUGGUAUAGGAGCCAUUGGAGUGAGGCCACAUCAAUAAGCUGAUAUGGUCCCUAAUCCUACAAGUCAAACCUGCAUGGUUGACACCAUGACAAUGUUUGGCCAGGUAUAGGUCGGGUAGGCCCAUCUGGGGUCGUUAUACACAAGCAGAUAAGCUGCCGAAUCAGUCUGAAGGACUCAAAUCGUCAGCUUAAAUCUGCCCCUGUAUGGCCACCUUGUUUUUUAGUGACAGUUUUCCUUUAUUGUGAAAUAUUUUAGGAAGUCUCCCCAAACCACUGCACUUUACAGGCUGUAGUUGACCCCUUGAUAACUGUUAUUGUAUUCUAAGCAGUGGCAUGUUGGGGAAUAUCUGUAUCUAAAUUUUAAUAAAGGGUGGGUGCCACGAGUAUUUAAAAGGGAAAGUGCCAGAAAAUGGUGCUGCUGUAGUAACAGAAUAAAUAACACCGUUGUAAAUAUCAUACAUAAAAAUCUUAUAUUUUCAGUGGUUAUGGAAGGGCAUUAUGUUUGGGUAUGAAUUAACUCCACCACAAAAGGUUUUAGGAUAUAAUAAAUGGAGUAGUAUAUUGUAAUCUAAUGUACUCUGGCCUCGGCCUUGUAUUACUGUGUUGCUCUGAAUGGAGCAAAGAAGAUUUUUUUUUUUUUUAAAAAAAGGUAAAAAGGUUUUUCCCAUGCACAUUGUAUUUAAACAAGGUGCAAAGUGAUCAUUGUUAGAUCUGUUAGCCCCCUUGUUAUGUAGAAUAUUGAACUCUAUACUAAUGGAACCCAGGGUGUAGUUUAUAGUAGAAAUAACCACACACUAUUGGUCCUUGUGGGUGCUUAAACCAUUUACUAAGGCACUUGGUAACAGUUUAAUAAAUGGGUUAAGCAUCCACAAUAACUAUUGGUGUGUGCAGCUCUUAUUUCUACUACACGUUGACACUAGGGCGUUCCCAGGGGUCCAGAAAGUAGCAUCACCUAACAUUUAGAAUGGAACCCCCAAUACUGAUUAACAUUCUUCUCAUAAAGUGUUACAGUCCUUUCAGUUUCUUGAUAGAGGUUUCAUAAAUAAGUACAGUGACCAUAGCACUGACCUGGUGAUGAUUUGCUCUGUUACAUGUUUGGCAAGAGGGUCAAUUGAGACCUUAUUAAAGCUCUGCUUAAUAAAACUUUACAGUCAU